GGUUCACUGCGUGUCGAUUUUGCGAAAGAAAGCGGCAGCCUGUGGGAGGAAGGUGCCGAGACUUGGAAGGACAGGCGGGCUGGGGCCGAGGAGCGUGGGAAAGGCGGUGCUGAGGGGUCCUGCCCUCCCGAGCCAGGGCUGCUGCCCCUUUGCCAGCGUUAUCCCUUUAAAGUUGUUUCUCCUGCUGCUGUCGUGGCUUUUCGGUGGAGAUGUCUUGACGAUUCUGCAGCCCUCUGGGCUACUCGGAAACUGAACAUGCUUGAAGAGCUAUUAAUUCAUAAGCCAGAUGAUCCCAUUCAGUAUAUGAUAGACCAUUUAAAGCAAAGCAACGAUGAUGCUCCAAGAAUUUGUGUACUUGGUCCAACUGCUUCCGGGAAAACUACAGUUGCAAUGUGGCUUUGUAAACAUUUGGAUGCCGUACGUAUCUCUCGGGAGACUUUGUUAUUCAAGGAAAUAUUAGCGCUGACAAAGGAAGCAAAGGCAUAUAAAGAAAGAAAACAGAAAAUUCCCAAUGCGCUUUGGGCCAAUCUGAUCCAGGAACGUCUGUCAAACGUGGACUGCAUCAAACAAGGAUGGAUUUUGGAAGGCUUUCCUGAAAAUCAAGAACAGGCAUGGAUGCUGCAAUCAGCUGGCAUCAUUCCUAGGCACGUUGUUGUGCUUUAUGCUCCAGACACUGUGCUGAUUGAGAGGAACAGUGGGAAAAGACUUGAUCCCGUCACAGAAGAGGUGUACCAUACGACCUUUGACUGGCCGAGUGAUCGGCUGGUACAGCAACGUUUGGUGAAACCAGAAGAUCUUUCUGAGCAGGAGACGUCAAAGAAACUGCUGGAAUAUCACAGAAACUUCCCUGGGGUUUUCCAGACCUACCAAAAAGUUUUGAAAUCGUUCAAUGCAGACCAGCCUUCCAUGGAUGUCCUCUCACAGGUUCUUACCUAUGUCCAAACCCAACACCGAUCAGCUGCCCCCUUUACACCACGGAUUCUCUUUUGUGGACCCCCAGGCAGUGGGAAGAGCCUGCAGGCAGCACUAAUAGCUCAGAAAUACGGCAUUGUCAAGAUUUGCUGUGGGCAACUGCUAAAGGAAACUGUUGCAGGCAAGACAAAACUUGGAGAACUUGUUAAGCCUUAUAUCGACAGUGGAUACCCAGUCCCAGACAACCUUGUUAUGAAGAUCCUGGCAGAGCGUCUAAAUGCACUCGACUGCAUGACCAAUGGUUGGGUGCUUUAUGGCUUCCCAAGAGACAUAGAGCAGGGAGAACUGCUGCAAAAAGCGCAUCUUAUUCCAAACAG